AUGUUUUCCAGAAGUUUGUUGAGAGCUGCUAUGCCAGCUAGAACUGUUGCUCCAGUCAUGCUAAGAUCUGCUGCUGCUGCUCCAAGAAUGGCUCAGUUGCCAUCUCAAUUCGUUGCUGUCAGAAACUACUCUGCUCACGAAGAAGAAACCUUUGAGGAGUUCACUGCCAGAUACGAAAAGGAAUUCGAAGAAGCUUACGAUUUGUUCGAAGUCCAAAGAGUGUUGAACAACUGUUUCUCUUACGAUUUGGUUCCAGCUCCAGCUGUUAUCGAAAAGGCUUUGAGAGCUGCUAGAAAGGUCAACGACUUGCCAACUGCCAUCAGAGUCUUCGAAGCCUUGAAAUACAAAGUCGAAAACGAAGAGCAAUACAAGGCUUACUUGGACGAAUUGAAGGAUGUCAGAGAAGAAUUGGGAAUUCCAUUGAAGGAAGAAUUGUUCCAACAUUAA